UCCCACAUCCAUGAGCCGGUGAGACGGGAGACGGAAGGCGGGUGGGAGGGAAGCGGGUUCGCCGCUGGGUUUCUGACCCUCCCCCGCCCCCCCCCCGAUGGCGGAGACGAAGAUAAUUUACCACAUGGAUGAGGAGGAGACGCCGUACCUGGUGAAGGUGCCGGUUCCACCGGACAGGGUCACUCUCGGUCAUUUCAAGCAGGUUCUCAACAACAGGCCGAGCUGCAACUUCAAAUUCUUCUUCAAGUCCAUGGACCUGGACUUCGGGGUUGUGAAGGAAGAAAUUUCAGAUGACAAUGCCAAGUUACCGUGUUUCAAUGGUAGAGUGGUCUCAUGGCUGGUCUUGGCUGAAGGCUCAGCAUCUGAUGGCGGCUCACAGUGUGCAGACAGUAUGUCAGAGUUACCACCCCCCAUUGAGAGGACUGGCGGCAUCGGCGACUCCAGGCCACCAUCCUUCCAUGCCAACACUGCUGGUAGUCGGGAUGGACUGGACAACGAAACAGGGGCAGAAUCAAUCUUGAGCAUCAGGCGGGAGCGGGAUCGACAUCGGCGAAGGAACAGAGAACGUGAUGUGCAUGACGAUGUUCCACGAGUAAAUGGACACACUAAAACAGAUCGCCAUCGGAAUGCAGGUGGCUAUGAGAGUGCUUCCACAGUGAUGAGCAGCGAGCUGGACUCGAGUAGCUUCAUUGACUCAGAUGAUGACAACACUAGCAGGUUAAGUAGCUCAGUGGAGCAGAGUGCUUCAUCUCAGCUCAUGAGGAGACACAAACGCAGGAGGCGGAGACAUCGUAUGAAACAGAUGGACAGGUCCUCAUCGUUGAGCAGCAUCACAGAUUCCACUAUGUCUCUCAAUAUUAUCACUGUGACACUCAACAUGGAGAAAUACAAUUUCUUGGGGAUCAGUAUCGUGGGUCAAAGUAAUGAUCGGGGAGAUGGUGGGAUAUAUAUCGGGUCAAUAAUGAAGGGAGGAGCAGUGGCAGCUGAUGGCAGAAUUGAGCCUGGUGACAUGCUUCUACAGGUCAAUGAUGUCAACUUUGAAAAUAUGAGCAAUGACGAUGCUGUGAGAAUUCUUCGGGAAAUUGUCUCAAAACCGGGACCCAUCAGUUUAACAGUAGCCAAGUGUUGGGACCCCACCCCAAGGAGCUAUUUUACCAUCCCCAGGACAGAACCAGUGAGACCCAUCGACCCAGCGGCCUGGAUAUCUCAUACCACUGCUAUGACGGGAACAUUUCCCCGCUAUGGUAUGAGCCCCACCACCAGUGCCAUCACUUCCACCAGCUCUUCGCUAACCAGCUCUGUCCCAGAUUCAGAAAAGUAUGAGGAUACUCCACUCACAGUUAAGAGUGACAUGCCUGUUAUUGUCAAGGCCAUGCAGUUGUCUGACUCGGGAUUAGAGAUCCGUAACCGACUGUGGCUAAAGAUCACCAUUUCAAAUGCUGUCAUCGGAGCAGAUGUGGUCGAUUGGCUUUACUCACAUGUGCAAGGCUUUAAAGAUCGUCGUGAAGCAAGGAAGUACGCCAGCAGCAUGCUGAAACAUGGGUAUCUAAGGCACACAGUGAACAAGAUUACCUUCUCCGAGCAGUGUUAUUACAUCUUUGGUGACCUCUCUACCAAUUUGGCUGGCCUGAGCUUAAAUGAAGGCUCCAGUGGAACAUCAGAACAAGACAUCCUUGCGCCUCUUCCACAUCCAAAUUGUCCCUGGCCACUGACUCAGGGCUUCCCUUAUCAGUAUCCACUGCCUCAUCCGUAUUACUCGUCCACUUGCCAAGAUCCUGCUUUGACGUACGGAAAUGGCAGCACCGGGAGUCAGCAGAGUGAAGGAAGCAAGAGCAGUGGAUCGAAUCGGAGCAUGGGUGAGAGAAAGGGCUCAGCAGGGAAGGAAAAGGAGCAGAAAGCAGACUCCAAGUCGGUGGGCAAUGGAAGUGAGCCAGACCGUACCACUGGGAACAGCGUGCAGUGUGAACGACCAGCAAGCCAGCUCAGUCACCAUAGCUACUGCUCUCAUGGACCUCCAGGGAUUCCUCCUGUUUACCAGCUGCCCACAGUCAUGGUAACGAGCGGACCUCCUGGAGCUCCUCCUGUCCGGGAUCUAGCAGCAGUCCCUCCCGAGCUGACCGGCAGCCGACAAUCCUUCCAAAAGGCCAUGGGGAACCCCUGCGAAUUCUUUAUUGACAUCAUGUGACACCACCAGCCUUCUGCACUAAACAACACUAAAGUCUUUGCACAAAACACUGCUUGUGUCACAGGAACCUCAGGCUUCUGAGUCUAAUCAUAGUUCUCUUUGUUGUCUGUCCUUCUUUAAUAACAACUUUAAGUGUAUUGGCUUUGGUAAAUAUUGGUGCCAAGGACAGCUUUGUGUAAGUGUAUUCCACAUUUCAGUGUAAUCAGCACCUUCUGUGUAGAUUUUAAAGGGAUGGUGAAGACGUUUUGACGUAGCUGGAUGAUUAGCCCAGAUAAGAAUUUCAUGUCCUCUCAACACCACUCAUCUGCUGUCGUGAUGGGAGCAUUUUGGUUUUGUCAUUGUGGAUCAUGUAACUCUUUUAGCAAGCACUGUUUUGUUUUUCAGAGAUGACUGAGCACAAAGGGAUGUGAUUCUGUUCCCAGCUCAGUGAUGCACAAGUGAUUCACUUUCUUCACAAGUUAGUAGCCUUUCAAGAAUUCUUUUCCCUUGAAGCAUUAAGAAAGUUUCAACUACAUCUCCAAACAUUCAAACAGCUGUUUUGCUCUGUAGCUUAAUCCCCUGAACAACAAGAAGUUGGACACGUUACCUGUGUAUAAUCCAUGUUUUUGAAUAUCCAGUUUGGGCAUUUUUGUUCUAGUUGUUGCUGAACAAUGUAACUGGAUCAAUCAAGGUUCCAUCAUCAGUCAUUUCUGAACGUUUCACAGUUUGAUUGGAACAGCUACUUAUACAUAAUACUUUCCUUUGGAUCAGUCAGUGUUGAGACCUUUUGUAUCCAGCCUGCAUUCAUAAGGACAUGAAUUGGAUUAUGUUUUAUUUCCCAGUUUUCACAUCUAUAAUGGGGAUGCCCACUCUCAAUGGAAUGCAGGUUUUAUGGGCCCCAUCUGCUCGAUAACCAUGUGCAAAUGGCCAUCAUUCACAUGCAAUAGAGCGUCAGUAGAUCAUUCAAAUGAGACUGCCCUGCUCUCUGCUCUGUGGGGCUUGUUGUCCUAUGGUGGGUGUCAUCUGCCCAUUCUUGUUUCUCUCCACCAUCUCUUUUUCUUUACUCUGAGCAGUCCAGAGGCUGGGAAUUCUGUGAUGAGAAACUGGCGUCCUCGCUCCCCAAAGCCUAUUCACAAUGUACAAGGCUCAAGUCAGGAAUGUGGUGGAAUGCUUUCGAUUUACCUUGACGGGUGUAGCUAUAUUCACGUCCACAAGUGCACAGUAGUAGCAGUGUGCACCAUCUACAAGGUACACUGCAGCAACUCACCAAAGGCCCUUCAACAUGACCUUCCAAACACCCAACUUCUGAGAAGAACAAGCGCAACAGAUAGAUGGGAACACCAAACUUGCAAGUACCCCUCUAAAGCACACACCGUACUAACUUGGAACAACAUCACAGUUCCUUAACCAUUGCUCAGUCAAAAUCCUAGAACUGCGAACAACACUGUAGGUGUACCUACACCACAUAACUGCAGUGCUUCAAGGGUAGUUAGAGUUUAUUUUUUAAUUCAUUCACAGGGUGAGGCUAUCACCAGCUAAGUUCCCAUUUAUUGGUCAUCCCUAAUUGCCCAGGGCAAUUAAGAAUCAGCCACAUUGCUGUGGAUCUGGAGUCAUAUGUAGGCCAAAACAGGUAAAGAUGGCAGUUUCCUUCCCUCAAGGUCAUUCAUGAACCAGAUAGGCUUUUCCGCAACAAUCAACAAUGGAUUCAUGGUCAUUGUUCGACUCUUAAUUCCAAUUUCUUUCAAAAGAAUUAUUGAAUCCAAAUUCCACCAUCUGCCAUGGUAGCAUUCGAACCUAAGUCUCCACUACGUUACCUAGGUCUCUGAAUUAACAGUCUGUCCAUGGAUGAGCAAGAAAUGCCAUUGAUGCUUGCAUUCCCUGAAGAAUUAAAAUUUCAGAUUGUGUUUCUGUUGUUUUUGUGAGUCUGUAAUUGCAAUUAAAAUCCAUCCCCAGCAAAGUUGACGAGACAGGCUUCAAAAUCUUGCGGCAAGGGGCCAGGAGAAUUGAAGGUGAUUUGUGUUGCCCAAGGACCACCUCAAUUUUCUGCUACCCCAGCAACCCCUCUUAAAUAACUAACCACACAACACGCCUGAUAGUACCUGCCCCACUCUCAGUCUUACCUUAGGUAAAACGUCAGACUUAUCCCAGACAUGUUAUUGCCCUCUGAUCCACACGGGAAUAUAAUGGAAUAUUCUCCACUGUUGGAAAGUUGGAACUAAAUGUGAACAGUAAACUAAAAGAGUAGACAUCCAACAGCCUGCUGAAUGUCUAAUGUGAAGUGACAAUUUCAUUCCAAUUGGAGACUGAAGAAAUGGUAGUUUGUGAAGAAUCAGAUUUGAUUCCACCAGAACUAAUUGCAAUCCUUAGAGCACAGGAAUGAGCAGGGCACCAGAUUAAGCUAACUGAGCAUUGUGUGUGCCUCAAUUCUUCAACACACGAGGAGUGUUCCUCAGGACAGUGAGUGAGGACUCUGUUAUGUUUGUGCUGGUACCAAAAAUCCCAGGAUUGUGCAAGAAGUAAACAGCUCACUCAAAAAGGACUUUCAACUGUAACCUUGCAUCAAAUAUUACUAUGUCUGGGGCCAUCUUGUGGACAUCUUGAGGAAUAACAGGUGCUGCACAAAGUCAGCCAUGCGCAAAACACUUGAAUGUUGGCACAAGUUGGUCCAGCAUUUGGACUGCACUCAGCUGGGUUGAAAUAAUAAAACUAAUUGAAAUUUACAAGAAAGUUUAAGAAUGCUAAUCAGAAUUAUGAGAAAAUGUAAAAAGAAAUGUACAGUUGGAAAUUAAAUUUUAUUAAAUUAAUUAUUAUUAACUAUUCUAUAGAUUAAACUCAUUGAAAGUUCAGUCCAGACUGCAGAUCACUUGGCAGCUGGAGGCUGUCAUUGUGUGUAACAGUGUUGUAGAUAUUGCAUACUGAUUCUGUGUAUCUAUAGUUAAUAUAUCGCUGCCUCCAUGUAAAAGCUAUUUUAAAAACUAAAAAAAUUAUACAUUUC